AUGUCCCUCAUAACCCCAGAUUCCUUCCUGCGCCUCCCCGCAAACACCAAUGGCAACAAGGCACCGAUAACCAUCUUCUUCAUCACUGGCAACCCGGGCCUAAUCGGCUAUUACCAUACUUUUCUAUCUUUGUUAUCUGACAGGUUGGGAUUGGAUGGCGGGACUUCAUUCCAAGUUUUUGGGCAUAGUCUUGCAGGGUUUGAAUUGUCUAAGCAUCAGGGGGGAAGGGAAGGGAAAGCGGAGAGAGAAGGUGGAAGGGGGCAUUACUAUAACCUCGAAGACCAAAUAUCUUAUGUUCAGCGGAAACUGGACAGUUUCGUCACAAACCACUAUGAAAAGAAUAAACAAAAUCAUGGAGAGAUGCCCAAGGUGAUCCUCAUCGGCCACUCAGUGGGCACUUAUAUCGCCAUGGAAGUCCUCCGACGACACCGCGAGAGACAGCGCCAGCAUACAACAGCCCCAGCGGAUGGUAAAGGAACAGAAUUCGACAUAAUAGGCGGUGUGAUGCUCUUUCCUACUGUUGUGGAUAUUGCGAAGUCGCCUGCUGGGCAGCGAUUAAGCAAGCUACUAAAUUUGAUCCCUGGACUCGCUAUUAUAGCGAGUUUGUUCGCCAGGGUACUGGCAUGUUUACUUCCUAAUGGACUUCUGCGAUUGGUCGUCGCCGCGUUCAUGGGCUUGUCUUCGUCGCUGGAGUCACCGGAUAAAGUUGUUGUUGAUACGACAUGUGGGUUUUUGGGAAGUAGGGGAGUUAGGCAGGCUUUGUAUCUCGGCGCCGACGAAAUGCAAACCAUCACAUCAGACAAAUGGUCCGAUGAUAUAUGGGGUAUGUCAGAUGUUGAAGAGCCGCUUGCGAAGCUGUUUUUCUAUUUUGGAAGGAAUGAUCAUUGGGUUGCGGAGAGGACGAGGGAUGAGAUUAUUGCUGUGCGGGGGAAGGAUGGAAAUGGGAAGGGGAAUGGGCCUACGAUGGUGGUUUGUGAGGACGGGUUGCCGCAUGCUUUUUGUUUGAGAUUCAACGAGGUUAUAGCGAGGAAGACGGGGGAUAUGAUUGGGGCGAUUGUGGAGGGUCAAGUGCGGUAG